ACUACUCCUCCUCGCCUACCAUCUUACCCUGGAAAGUGGUUUCUCACUCACCAUAACAAUCCGUUAAAGGACUUGGAUUUUGUUCCCAAAUCCACAUUUAUUUUGGUUCAGAGAACAAGCAAAGAUUUUUCUAGAUUUAUCCGCACACACACACCACACCGCCACACACACACACACACACACACACACACACACACACAACAGUGUUUUUGUUCCGACUGCAUAGUUACAGUCAGCUUUAACAUUUCCAAGAUGGAUUACCUGAUUUCAUGGCGACCGGUUAUUGUCUGCAUAUAUUACACUUCUGCCCUCAUCCUGUGGUUUUAUUCUUCGUGAUGCCCCGCCAUCGUAAUGGCUCAUUUUCCCGAGGCGUCAUCAUUCAAAUGAUGUUGUGACAAGUCAGAUUUAAUGUGAUCAUUACUCCACUAAUGGCUUUUAAGAGAAUGCAGUAAUGUCUCUUUUCUCUGUCAGGGAGAGAAUAUCCGUUACAGUCCAAAGACGAAUCGAUUAGUUGUCAACUAUUAAAUUAAUCUUCAACUUAUUUUGAUAAUCAAAAAUCAGUGGAAGUCAUUUUUUAUGAAAAAGAAGUAAAAACUUGUGUUAAAAAGCGUGUUGAAUGUGAAUAUCUUCUAGUUUCUUCUCUCCUCUGGGACAGGAAGCUGAAUAUCUUUGAGUUGUGGACAAUACGAGACAUUUGAGGACGUUAUAUUGGGACUUUGGGGAUCCCCCAUUUGACAUUUUACAGACCAAACGAUAGGUCAAUUGAGAUGAAUCAAUAAAAAUCGUUAGUUCAACACUUUUAUCAGCGAGACUUUCCCUGAUUCCAUCCAUCGCCUCAUGGAACUGUCUUUUUACUUUUAAAACGUGUUUUUCCUGAAACAACCACUGGAAACGAUGGCGAGUUGCAGCUUCACUGCUUAGCACUCGGAGCCGAUGUUUCCCGCGUCGGACGACAUGACGCCGGCUCCUCUGACGCAGAACUGCUCCAACUGCUCCCAGGUGGCAGUCGCACCGCUCAACGUGGUCAAAGCCGUGGUUCUGGGCCUCGUCCUCGGCGGCUUGAUUUUAUUUGGCAUCGUGGGAAACAUCCUGGUGAUCCUCUCCGUGGUUUGCCAUCGACACCUGCGGACAGUCACGCAUUAUUUCAUCGUGAAUCUGGCCGUGGCCGAUCUGCUCCUGAGCUCCACCGUCCUGCCGUUCUCCGCCAUUUUGGAGAUUGUGGACCGCUGGGUGUUCGGACGGGUUUUUUGCAACGUCUGGGCGGCCGUGGACGUUCUCUGCUGCACCGCGUCCAUCAUGAGCCUCUGCGUGAUCUCGGUGGACCGCUACAUCGGCGUCAGCUACCCGCUGCGCUACCCGACCAUCGUGACGAAGCGCAGGGCGCUGCUGGCCGUCGCGCUGCUCUGGGCGCUGUCCGUCGUCAUCUCCAUCGGACCGCUGUUCGGGUGGAAGGAGCCGGCGCCCGAGGACGAGUCCAUCUGCAAGAUCACGGAGGAGCCGGGCUACGCCAUCUUCUCCGCCGUGGGGUCCUUCUACCUCCCGCUGGCCGUCAUCCUGGCGAUGUACUGCCGGGUGUACGUGGUCGCCCAGCGGGAGAGCCGGGACCUGAGGGAGGGCCACAAGACGGAGAAGUCGGACUCGGAGCGAGUGAUCCUGAGGAUGCACCGAGGCCACGCGACCGCGUCCGAGGACGAGUCGCUGCGCAGCCGCACGCACUUCGCCCUGCGACUGCUCAAGUUCUCCCGGGAGAAGAAGGCCGCCAAGACGCUGGGCAUCGUGGUCGGCUGCUUUGUGUUGUGCUGGUUGCCCUUUUUCCUGGCGCUGCCAAUCGGCUCCAUCUUCCCCGCGUACAGACCCUCAGACACCGUCUUCAAGGUCACCUUCUGGCUCGGCUACUUCAACAGCUGCAUCAACCCCAUCAUCUACCCGUGCUCCAACCAGGAGUUCAACAAAGCGUUCCAGAGUCUCCUGGCCGGCCGCUGCCUGAGAAAGACCCCCAGAUGUCAGCACCGGCACCCGGGUCCCGCGCCGGGUCACGGGCACACUCUGACUCUGGGAUUGGACGGCAGGGCGGGGCCGUGUCGGCUCAGCCCGUCGUCCUCUGCAGCGCUGUCCCGGACGCCGUCCUCCAGGGACAGCCGGGAGUGGAGGGGGUCCGUCCCGGCCGAGACGAGCCGGGAUAAAGUGGCCAAACUCUGCAGGAAAAGCUUCCACCGGACCUGCUGCUGCUUCCCUAGCGACGUCGAGCCCCCUCCCACCGGAAACCUUCCCACCAUCAAGAUCCACCAACUGUCGCUGUCGGACCGAGGCGAGCCCGUAUGACCCGUCCUCCGUUGCCAUGACGCCUCUUCUCAGGUCACGGAUGACAAUGUCCUCGCAUUGGAUUGGCUCUGCAGGAACACUGGCUACAUUGAAAUGUACUUUAGAACAUCUUUGAUAUUCUGUGAUUUAUUUCUCUUGGAUAACAUCUUCAAAGAAAAGGAAAUGCAAUGCUUUCUUUUAGUCCCUUGGAGAGUAACUUUACUCUAUUUUUCUGUUUUGUGUCUAAGUGACUGACGGGACUGGAACAACAAUCUUUGAAGUUGGUCCAGUGUAAAGGAAGACAGCAGCGAUACAAGCUGCAUAUAAAGAAAUCCGUCAGUCAGCGUCCUCUAGAAGUUGUGUUGUUGCCGCUGACAGACUCAGAUUAUUAUUCUAAGUGUCUGACAACAUUAUGAAAGGAUCCCUACAGAGAUAGACCUUUUAGUGAAAGAGGAAGAUCUUUUUAGUUUAACAUGAAACAGAAAUCACCAUCACCAAACCCACCAGACUC